AUGGAUUGCGUCAAACCUUCUUCCUUUUUAUGUUCUGCUAGUUAUUUGGGUGAAAAAGCAAAGCAGAGAACAACCUUAAUCUCUGUCAAGAAUUCUCUGUUUCUGUGCAGAAAACAAUCAGUCAAUAAAAGAUCAAGAAUACACAGUUCAGUAUGGUGCCAAAGAGCAUCUCCAAGAAGGUUAGUCUGUGUCAGAACAACUGCAAAACAUGAAAUAUUGGCUUCAACAUUCAUGAAGUCAAGCAUUGAAAAAAAAUCUAAGGAUAUUGCAAUAUCAGACAUCUCUACCAUUGCUCCAUGCAAAGGUCUAGGUAUUGUAGACUUUUUAAAGGGUAAGAACUUCCUUAUCACAGGAGCCACAGGGUUUGUUGCCAAAGUACUCAUAGAAUGCAUAUUGAGGGUGCAACCAGAUGUGGGAAAGCUCUUUCUUCUAAUCAGAGCUGAGGACUCUUCCUCUGCACUGAACAGGAUGAAUGUUGAAGUUAUGAAUAUGGAGAUAUUCAAGGUGUUACAGAGAAAAUACGCUGAUGAGUAUGAGAAAUUCAUGCUAGAACACUUGGUUCCUAUAAAAGGUGAUCUGACUCGGGAUGAUCUUGGAAUACAAGCAGAUGAGGCUGAUAUGCUCAUAAAGGAAACAGAUAUUAUUGUCAGCUCCGCAGCUAAUACAACAUUUGAUGAAAGGUAUGAUUUUGCUCUUGAAAUGAACACAAAAGGAGUUUGUCGUCUCAUGGAGUUUGGAAAACGUUGCAAAAGGGUUCAGCUUCUCAUGCACAUAUCAACAGCAUAUGCAAAUGGGCAAAUACAAGGCCGAGCUCUAGAAAAACUUUUAAAGAUGGAGUACAGUGAAUCCAACCACAAAAGCCAAUCUUCCCCACUUCUAAUUGACAUUGAAGCCGAAACUAAUUUAGUCAAGAAAACAGUAAAAGAUUUAGAGGCCAAAAUUUCAUCUCCUUUAAAUGUUUUAGACUCUGAAAAUACGUUAACCCAAAGGAUGAGAGACUUAGGCAUAGAAAGGGCAAGAAGAAGUGGAUGGCAAGACACAUAUUGUUUCACCAAAGCCAUGGGAGAAGUGCUGCUGGCCAAUGGCCGAGGAGAUUUACCAGUUGUCAUCCUUCGUCCCAGUAUUAUAGAAAGCACAUAUAGUAGCCCUUUUCCUGGGUGGAUAGAAGGCCAUAGGAUGCUGGAUCCUAUUAUUUCACACUAUGCAAAAGGUCAGCUGGGUGGCUUGUGGGGUGACCCAGAUACUAUUAUUGAUUUGGUACCUGUGGAUAUGGUGACCAAUGCAACACUGGCAGCCAUUGCAAAGCAUGCAGGAAGGCCUGGCAUUCAGGUCUAUCAUGUGUCUUCAUCUGUUGCAAAUCCAAUACGGUUGCAACAAAUUGUAGAGGCAAUCUUUGACCAUUUUAAAAUUAAUCCCUACAUUAAUAACAAAGGAAAAUCAGUGGAAUUGCAAAAGGAAUUGGCCUUCUUUCCUACAAUGGAUGAUUUUCUCAAUCAUGCUUGGAACAGUACUUUUAAUGUUCCCUUGACUAUAGAUGGGUUUUCCCCAUUUGCUUCAAACAUGUCGGACAGAGAGAAAUGCAUUUGUGCUAAAUAUAUACAACAAACUCAGUACAUGAACAUGUUAUACGAGCCAUAUGCAUUUUAUAAAGGAAGGUUUGAUAACUCAAAUGUGGAGAUAUUAUGGCAAGAAUUAUCAGCGGAAGAGCAAAGAACUUUUGGAUUUGACAUUAAGAAGAUUAAAUGGAAACACUACCUUGCAAACAUUCAUAUUCCCGGACUGCGCCAACAUGUUAUGAAAGGUCGAGGUGUAGGUCUGCCUGGACUGGCCAAAAUCAAGUACGACCUAGAAAUGCCAGAUCCAUAAAUGUGAAAGUAAAGGAGAUUCAGAUUAUUUAAUCUCAAGUACUUCUAUUUAUGUAUGUUGUUCGGGUAGGUAUUUCUAUUUAUGAAAUAAAAAUAGAGACUAAGCAGG